AUGGCUACAGUACCGCAAAAAGUGUUAGGAACGCAUAUUUCAAACAUAUACUUUUGGAUUUUAUUUACAAUACUCCACAUAAUUACUUGUUUUAUAUUAACCGCCCAACUUUAUUAUUUAGGAAAUUGGAAGUUCGAUAAGGGUAUGGUCAGAAGGAGGUUUCAAAUUAUUGCCAAUGAUUUCAGAUCGGGUCCUUUAAAUAUAUUGAAGCCUCUACAUCGAGGCAGAAUGGUACUUUUGAUACUAGGAAAUAUUGUAAAUUGGCUUCUGGCCGGUUAUGGAUUGUAUAAACACGAAAAAGAUUUCGCCUUGUACCUUUUGGCCAUUCUACUAUGCAAUACCAUGCUCUAUUUCCUAUUCUACUUAGUAAUGAAGGUACUUCAUAAAGAAAAAAUUAACGUGCAAACAAUUCUAUUUCUGACAUUGAUGCUAACAUGUGCCGUGUCAGCUAUGUAUUUCUUUAUACACAAGUCUAUCUCAUGGGAGCUGACACCAGCUCGAUCGAGAAGGUAUAACCAGGAGUGUAAAGUAUUUCAAUUUUACGAUUACCAUGACGUGUGGCAUUUUUUGAGUGCUACUGGUAUGUUUUUCACAUUUAUGGUGCUUCUUACUUUAGACGACGAUUUGUCGCACACUCACCGAUCCAAAAUUUCGGUUUUUUAAAAAUAAUUCUAACAUAAAUUGUUCACAAAGAAAGUGUAUUUUAUUGUGCAAAUAGCGCUCACAUGUUGUUUUUGUUUUUCUUCUAUUAUUGUUUUUAGAAUUCAAAAUUGCAGGACAGUUUAUGGAAAAAUAAUCUAUUUUUUUACAAUUCAGUUAAUCAUUUUUUUUUGUUUUUGUUAUUAUUUAUGUUAUUAUGUAUUAGCAGAGUAUGACAUUAAUGUAAUUUUUUAAAGUUGUGAUAAUAAUCAGUGUUGUUGACUUGAUAGAUUGUAAAAGUAUGUUUAUAUUUUCCGUUUUUCUAUAUAAAUAGCAAAUAAACCAUUUCAGUUCUUUAACCCGCAUUA